AUGCACCCCUUCAUGGUUGCGAUGGGUCCGGACAUCAAGGUGUUGCAGAAAAUUCAACAUUUCCAGCAGAUUGACAUCUACCCCUUCGUCUGCAGCCUUCUGGGUCUACAGCGUCCCAACAGAAUUGACGGUCGUAUCCAACGUGUGAUCCCAUUCAUGAAAACGCCACCCUCGGAGGAGUUUGUACAGACUUUCCAGAAGUACGAGACUGGAAUCAUGACCGAUAAUUGA